CCCCCCCGUUGUCACCUUCGCCGUGACAGUUGCUCUUUCCCCCUGCUACAAAAUGCCACUCCCCCUCCUUCCACAGUAAUCAUCACUGACGAGUGACGAGUGACGAUCAGACUGCCCCCCGGAAAUCCCUAGAACCUCUCUCUCUCUCUCUCUCUCUCUCUCUCUCUCUCUCGCUCUCCUGAACUGAACAAGGAUUUACCAUGGCAACACUGGCUGCCGUGCAAUUUGUAUCAAGGACUUCUCAUGUCAACUGCCAAGGAACUCUAGGAUCAGAAAGUAAGGCAACCAACUUAGCACAAAUUGGACUAAGGAACCAAAGCACAACUCACAAUGGGCUCAGAUCUUUGAACAAGGUGGAUUUAUUACGAAUGAGAACCAGUGCAAAAGCAAAUGCUAGACAAGAAAAAAGUAAAGGAGAUAAAACUGAAACUGAGAUGCCUUCAAGAGCCAUUAUAUGUGGACACGGGAUGAACUUGGUUUUUAUGGGAGCUGAGGUAGGUCCAUGGAGCAAAACUGGUGGGCUUGGUGAUGUUCUUGGAGGACUGCCACCAGCCAUGGCGGCUAAUGGACACCGAGUUAUGACUGUGUCUCCACGCUAUGAUCAGUAUAGAGAUUGUUGGGAUACCAAUGUUGCAGUUGAGAUAAAAGUUGGAGACAGAAUUGAAACUGUUCGAUUCUUCCACUGCUACAAGCGAGGAGUUGAUCGAGUUUUUGUUGAUCACCCAAUGUUCCUUGAGAAGGUGUGGGGGAAAACUGGGUCCAAAAUCUAUGGCCCAAGGGCAGGGGAGGAUUACAAGGACAACCAAUUUCGUUUCAGCUUAUUCUGCCAGGCAGCUCUUGAAGCACCAAGGGUUCUUAAUUUGAACAGCAGCAAAUAUUACUCAGGACCAUAUGGGGAGGAUGUUGUUUUCAUUGCCAAUGAUUGGCACACAGCUCUUCUUCCAAUGUACCUACAAGCACACUACAAAUCUAGGGGACUUUACAAAAAUGCCAAGGUUGUUUUUUGCAUCCACAACCUCGCAUACCAAGGCAGAUUUUCUUUUUCAGAUUUCUCGCUUCUGAAUUUGCCUGACCAAUUCAGGGGCUCAUUUGAUUUCAUAGAUGGGUAUGAAAAACCUGUGAGGGGAAGGAAAAUCAACUGGAUGAAGGCAGGAAUAUUAGAAUCGGACAGGGUGGUGACAGUGAGCCCAUAUUACGCCCAGGAACUUGUUUCUGGAGUUGAGAGGGGUGUGGAAUUGGAUAACAUCAUUCGAAAAACUGGCAUUACUGGUAUUGUGAAUGGCAUGGACACCCAAGAAUGGAAUCCAUCCAAGGACAAGUACAUUGAUGUCAAAUAUGAUGCUACAACUGUUAUGGACGCAAAACCCAUUGUGAAGGAAGCCCUCCAAGCAGAAGUUGGGUUACCAGUAGACAGGAAUAUCCCUUUAAUAGGCUUCAUUGGCAGGCUAGAGGAGCAGAAAGGUUCAGAUAUUCUGGCGGAAGCCAUUCCACAAUUCAUAGAUGAGAAUGUUCAGAUAGUAAUCCUUGGAACUGGCAAAAAGCAUUUGGAGAAGCAGCUUGAACAGCUGGAAACAAAAUACCCUGACAAGGCUAUAGGGAUUGCCAAAUUUAAUGUCCCCUUAGCCCAUAUGAUUACCGCUGGGGCUGAUUUUAUGUUGGUCCCAAGUAGAUUUGAACCAUGCGGUCUCAUACAGCUGCACGCCAUGAGAUACGGAACGGUGCCCCUUGUUGCCUCAACUGGUGGACUUGUUGAUACUGUUGUAGAGGGUUUUACAGGAUUUCAGAUGGGAGCCUUCAGUGUCGAGUGCGAUGAAGUUGAUCCAGCUGAUGUAACUGCAGUAGCUACUACUGUGAGGAGAGCUCUUGCAACCUAUAAGACCCCUGCCUUAAAGGAGAUGAUCCAAAAUUGCAUGGCACAGGAUCUUUCGUGGAAGGGACCAGCCAAGCAGUGGGAAAAGAUGCUGUUGCGUCUCGAGGUCGACGGAAAUGAACCUGGAAUUGAAGGGGAGGAGGUUGCUCCUCUUGCCAAGGAAAAUGUUGCCACUCCUUGAGAGCUCUUAGAAAUUUCUCCAUCCAGCACCAGCCUCAAUAAGUCGAAAUAACACUUUCGGUUUAACUCCCGCACUUGAAUACUCUCCUUUAGCUGAUCUGCAGGUACAUGUUAGUUUUCAAGUGAAGUAUUUGCAUAUGCCCGUUGAAAACCAAGUGCCAUUUUGCAGUUUAUGGUAUAUUUGUAUGGGGAAUUUGCAAAGGGGGGAAAAAAUUAAGAUGGUACAAAACUAACAAGUUGGGUCUCAACCUAUUAGCUAGUUUUUGUUUCCUUCAUCAUCUGAGCAUUGCACCAUAGUGCAGCAGUGCUAGUAGAUAAAAUAAGCAACUCUUUUGUCUAUUUAAUAGUUACAAAAAAAAAAACAAUUUAGAAGCAUUAAA